AAUGAAUCAUUUGGCAAAUUAAGGCUAAACUGAUACAAAAAUAAAGAACAAACUCGAAAAAUAACUGGUUUGAAAAUACUAAUGCGAUUGCAGUAAAAUAAUACUUUAUAAGUAAUAAAAUAUUUAAGAAUAAGAAUAAGAUCUUUUGAAGCCAGCAUACAAAACCUUUGUUUUCCCUUUUAUUUUUCCACCAAAAAGUAAUAAAGCUGUGGAUCUCGCUGUUGAAGAGACAAACCAAGCAUUAAAAAUAAUAAUAUUAUUUUUAAUGCCCAGCAUUUUAUGCUCUCAGACAAAAACUACCCGACCUCGUGAACGAGCGUAUAGUACGCCAAAUAAAAUUAAAAAAACUCGUGGAAUAGAUACGCCACACACUCUCAGAAAUAAAGGUGCUGCCCCAGUGAGGUUUUCUACAUUUAUUUCCAUCUUAGAGUAAGACGUGCCAUUUGUACGCGUUUCUACGACCCCGUGCUGAACCCGUCAGUGUGUCUCCUGGAGCGUGCAGCGAUCGGUGGUGCUGUCCCGGCGCGACACCUUUUCGCACACUUUGAUAGGAAAGUCCACGUGGGCUACUUUAGAAUUAAAGUCGCUCGGUUUCGCGCGAGGGGGCGGGGCGCGGUUCCCUAAAGGCUGGCAUUAAAACAAACCGCAGCGUUCGCGAGAAAGCGCAUAGGCUUUUUUUUUUUUUUUUUUUUUUUUUGUGCAACCUGUCAUUGCAGAAAUUCCGAGCAGGCGAGAAAGAAGUCUUGCAAUCCCAAACGGCUCUCGUCGCGUGUUAUAUCGCGUUUCUUCGAUAUUAUAACUAAAACGAUUUUCUCCGGGUUCGUGCGGAACAUUUGAGCGCUGGUGGAAGGGAUUGAUUCCCUUAACCUCAAAAACUUUUUCUUGCAUAAAUCGCUGCUCGACUCUGCUUUGUCGCGUUUCUCCGCGAAAACGGGAACCGCGAGCUGUUUUUGUUUCGCAUCUCCCUCCAUCACGAGGGAUGAAGUCUGCGGGUGCGCGUUUUUAGGAGUUUUUCGUGCCGUUUCCAGGAACGCGCUUCAGGAAAACGCGAGAUGAGCGCGUUUUAUUACCCAUGGCUUUUGCUCUCUGCGCUUUGGACUGCAGGGAGCGGGAUGUGCGAGGCAAACCUCAGAUCAUGCUCCAUCAGCGCUGGUCUUGCAUUUAUGCUUGAGUGCAAUGAAGGCGGCGAGACGCAGAAUGUGAGCGUGAGCUGGAGUCUUGUGCCCAAUAAGAGUCUGGAAGGAGUCAGGGGGAUAAACGUUCAAGGAAACACGCUGUGGUUUCUUCCUGCUGACCUCUCCCACAGCGCAUCGUACGUCUGUAGCAUCAGAGAGGGCAAUCAAACCUGGAACUCAACUUUUAUCAUCUCUGUGGAGAAUAACACAUGCCCCCGUGCCAACAGGAAAGAUGAAUUAAAGAGCACAAAGGACAUCACCUGCUGGCUUCCUCACAUCUUUGAGAUAGACCCUCAGGCUCAAGUGACCUGGAGAAAUAACUGCCACCCACUCAACGUGACACACGGUGCGGUGUUCCCCUUAAACAGAUCCGUGGUGGGACUUUAUACAUGCUUCGUCAGCUUUGCUUUUAGAGGACAGAAAUACACCGCUGCCCAGACUACAGAAAUCUACAGCCACAAGAAGGAUUAUGUGGUUACAAAACCUGAAAUCAUCUACCCUAAAGAAGAAACAAGAACAGCAAUACUUGGUGAAAGAGAUAAACUGACCUGCAAAGCUCUUGUUGGGCUGAACGACGGUGAAGAAACUGUACUUUACUGGCGUAAUGGCUCUAGCUUUAUGGACUUUGAAACAAAAAGAGAGAGAGAGGGCGAGCGGGAAUACCUGCUGUCUGUUGUACUCAUCCCCAAAAUCACAGAGGAUUAUUUAUACAAAGAUUUCAUCUGUGUCGUUCAACAUCCAGCAGGUUCUGACUCCGGAAAAAUCACGCUUAUUCCUGCGACUCAGAAUGAGCGUUAUUACUGGAUCGGUGUGAGUCUGGUGGCUCUGCUCCUUUUACUGUGUGCCGUUGUGUUUCUCUUUAGAGUCGAUCUGGUUCUGGCUUACAGGACUGUUUGCUCGCCUGCUGUUGUAAGCAGUGAUGGCAAUUCGUACGAUGCGUAUGUGAGUUACCUCCAGGGUGAUCAGCACGGCUCGUCUUCGGCGACGACAUUUGCGUUAGAUUUCCUUCCUGCAACGCUGGAGGAUCUUCACGGUUACAGACUCUUCAUCAGUGGUCGCGAUGAACUUCCUGGGGAAGCGGUGCAUGACGUCAUUGCUGACAGAAUGAGCCGAAGCAGGAGGCUGAUCAUUGUUCUCACGUCCCAGAGCUGUGCGUCUCCUCAAACCGACGCCACCAACCAAAUAUGGGCCGAUUACGAGCGGCGGGUGGGUCUGUACGACGCUUUAGUGAAGCAGGGUCUCAAAGUCAUCCUGGUGCAGGUGGAGGACGGGGUUGAAGAGGCUCUGCUGCCCGAAUCCCUGCAAUACAUCCGCCGCACCAAAGGCGUCCUCAAAUGGAGGCAGCACGCCAGUAGUCGGGCGAACAGAAGCUUCUGGAAACACAUGCGCUAUCGAAUGCCUCCAGCGACGCGGCAGAAGAGCCAAGAGCUGACGGUGCUUUGAGAUAACUUUGACUCGCCGCGAAGUGUACAUCUGAUAAGACGACUCAAGCGUGCUACCAGAGCGCGCUUUUACGUUCCAAUGCUCUAAUUUUAAAAAAUGUUGCAAACGUGAAAAUGCUGCGUCGAUCGGGGGUUCACAUAGAAAACAAUGGAAAUUACAUUUUUACAUUUAAAAUUAAACUUCCAUUGUUUUCUAUGUAAGCGCGAUCGACGCUGCAUUUUCACGUUUGCAACUUUUUUUUUACGUGCGCUGUCAGUUCCAAAACAGUGGACCAAUCAGAAGACCCGGGAGGCGGGGCGAGCGGCGCAAGGUUUUGUUUACAGCAGCAAGUCGGCAUGGCGACCGUUUUAUUUGCAUAACGCUGCGCUGCGAUUUUUAAAUGGAUCCCCAUAUUAAGACAUUUAUAGCUUAAUGUAACGAAAAUUAAACUCGCGAAAGAUGUGUUAUUCGAAAAAUCAUCAUCGUAUUGUGUCGUUUUUGGUUGUAUUUUUCAGUCGAAGGGCAACAAAUGAAGCAAUGACUUUCAUCAGAAAAGUCAAUUUUAUAUAACAUAAACCAUUAAUGGGUUUUCUACUACAUAUUUCAAUAAAAGACAUAAUUCACGUUAUAUUACACCAAACAAGUCUCAAUACCCAGGGAUUCCUUUAGAGUCUGCACGAAAUAAAAAAUUAUGUUUUUUUUGGGCUUUUAUUAUGUUAUCUCUCAGUUAGCGUGCUCCAAAACAACGACAACAUUUGCAUUUACGAGAUGCAAGCGUUUCGAACCUGUUUCGAGAAAUAUGGCCCCUGUUUUGCUUCCCAUCAAACUUUCUGUCCAAUCAAAUGACAGAACCCGAAGCUUUCCGCCAACUAUAAAUAGUCGCUGUAGCUGCGGCUGAAAUCAGUCACUUAUUCAAAGAUAUUUUCUGUGCAGAGAUUGGGAAGUAAAUUAAAUUGGAGUUAUACGCUGAUGUUAUAUUUUGUGGAGGAGAUUGUUGAUUGUACACUGGCCAUUUAAAAAAAGGGGGCGGAGCUACUUUACCUUUCCCACUCUGUCUUCCUGUUUCAGUUAAACUGGUCUGAUGCUUUCUGUGUGAACAGCCCUUUAGUAUAUGAGCUUAUGACGCACAAGUUUGCGUAAUUGUGUAGAGAAGGUUUGUUGCGUUUCAGUGAGGAAACUUUGCCAAGUAUCUGGCAACCGUGAUGGAAAAAAAACUACAAAAGACAGACGGGCGAAACAAGUUAGCAAUACAGUUUUCAGUGUAACUUUUUUAAAUAAAUAAACUCAAUUAUUUUUAUAUUCUUUUGCUAAUGCAACUAGUAUUUUAUGUUUACAGUUGAGUUUCUGCUUUAUUCGUUGGCUUUUUUAUGUUAUGAAUUCUUAUUAUUCCUUUUUUGUCAGAAUUGUUCAAUAUCUAGAAAAUAUUUCCAGCUUUUGCAACUGGCAUUGUGACUACAGCUCAUGUCAGAUAAAAUAUUGUUAAUGUUUUUGUUGUUGUUGUUGUUUUAGAAGAAACAAAUAAAAAAUAAAAACAUUCA